AUGAAAACUGGAACCAAUGGAGCCAACCCUCUCUUCAACCCUCUUGAUAUCUGCCGUUCGUCCCUGGCUCAUGCCCUUUCCGAUCUUGUGACGGGUGACAUUCAAGACGCAUUUAAAUCUAUACAAUGGCCGAAUAAUAUAUUCAAUGGGGACCUGUCCGUCACCGUCCCAAGAUUGCAGCCAGGCUGCAAGCCAGAUGAGUUGUCAGCGGAGUUGGUGGACAAGUUCCCGAAAGACCAUGGUCUCUUCGAACCUCCUCUACCUGAUGGAGUACAUCUGCGAUUCUUCCUCAAGUUCGACGCUGUACCACGCUUUCUGUUACCAUACAUCUCGGACAGAAAGAGCACAUAUGGUAGCUUUUUGACGAAAGAACAUGUGCGCCAGAAACUUGUAGUUGAGUUCUCAUCACCAAACAUCACAAGCGAAUUUCAGGGGAAACACCUUCGCAGCACAGUCAUCGGCGCCUUCAUCGGCCGGCUGUACGAAUCAAUGGGAUGGGAUGUCACGCGCAUCAACUACCUCGGUGAUUGGGGUAAGCCCAUUGCUCUACUCUACGUCGGGUGGGCCAAGUAUGGUUCAGAAGAGGCAUAUGAAGCAGAUCCUGUUGGCCAUCUCCUCCAAGUCUAUCACAAGAUUGAAGAGGACUUUAAACCAGAGCAAGCUGCAAGCAAACAGGCGCGUGAUGAAGUAGCCAAAGAAGGAGAAGACAAGGGAGAGGCGCAAGUUGAGAUUGAAAGCAAAGGCAUCUUUGCCAAACGGAAUGAAGCCUUCAGGAAGCUCGAAGACGGCGACGAAGCACUUGUGGCGUUUUGGGAACGUGUUAGGAACGUCAAUAUUGACAACUAUACCGAGUUUUACGAACGACUCGGUAUUCGCUUUGAUGAGUACACUGGAGAGUCUCAGAUCGGCCAAGACACUAUGAUCGAAGUCGAGCAGAUGUUGAAAGACAAGAACAUCUCGGAGGAAAGUGGAGGAGCUUGGAUCGUUCAUAUGCAGAAACUAGGCAUGAAAUCCGGAACUGCCAUUAUCCGCGACCGUACUGGAGCUAGCACGUAUCUUCUUCGCGACCUUGCUGCUGUGCUGGAAAGGUCAAGGAAGUACUCGUUCGAUAAGAUGAUUUACGUUGUGGCUAGUGAUAACAGCGUCCACUUCGGACAAAUCAUCAAGAUCUUGGAGGCUUUGGACUUGAAAGAUCUUUCCAGCAAGCUACAGCAUGUCAAAUUCAACGAAAUGUCAAAGAUGGCAGCGGCACUAGGCAAAGGCUACAAGCCUCAGAAUAUACUAGAUGCAUGCGAGGAAGCAAUGAAGGCCUUGCCUGGGUCAGACGCGAACAAACUUGCUUUGAUGGGUGAACGGGAUAAAGCCAAAGAGGGCCUGGCGACAUCCGCACUUCUCAUCCAAGAGCUUUCCACCCGCCUGGUCACCGCCCACGCCUUCGACACCAGCACAAUGACCUCUUUCAAACUCGGAUCAGGACCAGAUCUCCAGUACUGGCUGACCCGACUUCAUCUCCUCCUCAAAAACGUCGAUUCUGCAGCCGAACCUUCGGAUGAAGACUACGAAGUAUUGGCCGAAGAAGACCAAGCAAACCUGUUGCGUAUCCUGGCUCAGUACCCAGAAGUCGUAAAGGCAACUUAUAGCUCACUUGAGCCGGCCGGCGUCGUUACGUAUCUUGCUAGCGUGACUGAGCAACUGGCUGAGUGCCUUGUACAAGAUGAUGAGGAAGUUGAGGAAGCGGACGGGGAGGGUGAAGGUGUCACUCCAGGGCUUGCUGCGCUAUACGAAGCCACUGCGAUUGUUCUGGAAAAUGGCAUGAAAUUGCUGGGUCUGAUUCCAGUAGCGGCUUCAAUCUCGCGAGAGAGAGCGGAUACGCCGGUGUUGGGUUAG